AUGGAGGAGACAUUGAAUCCAAGGAGAGCUGGUCCCCCUCAUGAAAAGGUCAAAAACAAGAGGCAACAUGAUCCCGUUCCCCGGCAUGAACAUUCUCGGGAAAAGCACAAAAAUGAGGCGCCUUCAGAAUCUCUAACUCGGUUGAACACCUCUAAGACAAACAUCUUGAUGGAUCAUGGGCAUACCACGAAGGAUUGUCAAGCUUUGCAGCGGGAGAUCGAAGCUCUCAUUAAAAGAGGAUUCUUAAGGAAUUACAUUGGACAUGAUAAAUGCCCGAGGAAUGAUCGUGAUAAUCGGAAAGAGCCUAGAACCGGAGGCAGUGCUCAACUCACUGCCGGGACAAUUAAUAUUAUCGUCGGGGGCAUAGCAUCUGGAGGAGACACAAAUAGUGGGCGAAAGCAGUAUGCCCGCCAACAUGCUCAUACCCCAAUGGAAUCUCGUGAUGAAGUUAAAGACAUCACUUUUGGGGCAAGAGAUUUGGAACAAAUUUCAUAUCCUCAUGAUGAUACCUUGGUCGUCUCUACGGUUGUGGCUAACUUCGAAGGAUUUGGUGGUGGAGUCAUUAUCCCUGAGGGUAUCGUCAAGCUCCCGCUUACAUUAGGAUUUGGUAAUAUACAAGUGAUGGAGAUCACUCCAUUCCAAGUGGUUAAUACCCCAAUGGCCUACAACAUCAUUCUGGGAAGACCCCUACUGAACAAGAUCCAGGCUAUUGUAUCAAUUUUCCACCUCGCCAUGAAGUUCCCCACAGAUUAG